AUGAUUGGUGCAGUUGGGGUUUUGCUCAAUCCUUCUGUAAGUCAUUUAGCGGGCAAAACUGUUGAACUUGGAGAAGAAGUUGUAGAUGUUGUGAGAGAGGAAAUUUUUAAUGCUCCAAUUGUGUUUGGAUGUUUAGGAAUUAGUAUCUUACUCACUGCAAUAGCCCUUGUGACAAUCGCGGUAUGUAUAGAUCGGAGAUGUGGGAAACCAGGCUGUAAAGGGCUUCGGAAGGCUGCUGAAUUUGAUUUGCAUCUGGAGACGGAGGAGUGUGUAAAGAAGUCCAACUACGCUGCAACGAGUGGACUGAAGAAGGGACUUUUUGAAUUGCCACGCGAUCACCAUAGGGAAUUGGAAGCUGAGCUCAAGAAAAUGGCACCGCCUAACGGAAGGGCUGUUCUGGUGUUUCGAGCAAGGUGUGGAUGCUCUGUUGGAAGAACGGAGGUUCCAGGCCCAAGAAAGUCUAGAAAGUUGAGGCGCCUGUGUGAGAUUUUUCUACAAUUGCUACAGUGA